AUGGAGUCAAACAUAAAUGAAAGCAAUAGUUCAAUACAAUCCAAUGUACAAGUUGUGAACACUGAAGUUGAAAACUUCAACAGACCAUUGUGGAGUUACGUUACUAGAGUUGAGGAUGGAACAAAUGCAGGAGGGAAUAUGAGUUGGAAGUGUAAGUUUUGCCAACUUGAAUACAGAAGUUCAUACACGAGAGUAAAUGCCCAUUUGUUAAAGAUUAAAUGUAAAGGGAUUGGAGUGUGUAAGAAGGUUAAGCAGGCAUCUUUGAUGGAAAUGGGAAAACUGGAAGAGGAAUAUUCUAAAAGGGUGAGGAAUAAUGCACCGAAACAUGUUCCUUUACCACCUAGUACCUUUUCAACUACAACUAGUACAUCUGCUAAAAGAAAAAUAAGUGAUGAAGGAACUGCAAAUAUGGGUCCUGUUGAGAGGGCUUUCAAUAUGGGGGAGCGGGAAGAAUUGAAUCAUAAUAUUGCUCAGAUGUUUUAUUCUGCUAGAUUGCCAUUUCAUUUGGCAAGGAACCCGUACUUUCAACAAGCAUUCACUUAUGCUGCAAGUCAUAACAUUUCAGGUUAUCGGCCCCCUGGCUAUAACUUAUUGCGAACUACUUUUCUAACUCAGGAAAAGGAUAAUAUUGAUAGGUUAUGUAUCCCUUCCCGAUCUCUUUGUAGAUCAAAUGGUGUGAGUAUUGUCAGUGAUGGAUGGAGUGAUUCCCAAAGGAGGCCAAUAAUUAAUUUCAUGGCAGUAUGUGAUGGUGCAGCCAUGUUUUUAAAAAGUGUUGAUUGUUCUGGUGAUACGAAGGAUAAAUAUUUUAUCUUCAACUUGCUAAAGGAAGUAAUUCAAGAGGUUGGGGUGAAGAAGGUGGAGAAGGUAAUAACGGAUAAUGCUGCUAAUUGUAUGGGUGCAGGGCAGCUUAUUGAGCAAGAAUAUUCGACCAUCAGUUGGACACCAUGUGUUGUUCACACGUUGAAUUUGGCUUUGAAGAACAUUUGUGCAGCCAAAAAUGUGGAGAAUAAUGAGAUUACUUAUGGAGAAUGUAGUUGGAUAUCUGAAAUUAUUGGUCAUGUUUCAAUAAUCAAGACUUUCAUCAUGAGUCAUUCUAUGAGAUUGUCUAUGUUUAAUGAGUUUGUGCCAUUGAAGUUGCUUUCUAUUGCUGACACCCGAUUUGCUUCUAUGAUUGUUAUGUUAAAGAGGUUCAAGUUGAUAAAGGCUGGCCUCCAAAACAUGGUCAUUUGUGAAAAAUGGAAUAUUUAUAAAGAUGAUCAUCAAGGAAGGGCAAGACUAGUGAAGGAGAAGAUAUUGGAUGAUGAGUUCUGGGCAGAUAUUGAUUACAUCCUUGCUUUCACUGCUCCCAUUUACGAUAUGAUCAGAUUUUGUGACACUGAUAAACCUUGUCUUCAUUUGGUUCAUGAUAUGUGGGAUGCGAUGAUUGAGAAGGUAAAGAAUGUAAUAUACUUGAAAGAAGGGAGGAUGAAUGAUCCAAAUCGAGUUUCUCCAGACAAUGAUGUGGAGAUUAAUUUAGAAGUAAAAAAGUUCUUCAGGAGACAUUUUUCUAGUAUGGAGGAAAGGGCUACAGUAAAUUUGGAGUAUGUCAACUUUGUUCAAAUGAAGGGAGAUUUUAGAGAGUUUGAGGCUAUUGAAAAUCGAUAUACAAUGAAUCCCAAUGAUUGGUGGGGAGUUCACGGUUGUAGUGCACCUUUGCUUAAAAAGCUAGCUUUGAAACUCACUGCACAACCCUCUUCUUCAUCAUGUGUUGAACGCAAUUGGAGUACCUACUCUUUUGUGCAUUCUAUGAAGAGGAAUAAAAUGGAUUCCAAACGAGCUGAAGACUUAGUUUACAUACAUAGCAACCUUCGGCUCUUAUCAAGCAAGAGUCCAAAAUAUAAUGAAGGAGAAAGUCAAUAUUAG